CACACAACACACAGAACACACAACACACAACACUCACAACACACAGAACACACAACACACAGAACACACAGAACACAGAACAUAGAACAUAGAACCACAGAGCAGGGAUUCCCUCUGAUAGUGAGAGGAAAAGGAUUCACACACACACACACACACACACACACACACAAGUACACACAUAUAUACACACACACUUCUAGCAUGUUCAAAUAUGGACGCAGUAAUUUUACGUGGAAUGGAACACUUAAAGAACUGGAGAGAACCAACACAGGAGUGUACAGAGGUUCAGGUUCAGAGGGACGACGCUUCAUGAUGACGGCCCCGCCCACUUCAUCCAGUGGAUUAGAGGUCCUCCUGUCCACCCUGCAGAAUGUGGGGGAUGUGGACAGCACCAUCAACAUCCUGAACGUCCUGGAUGAACUCCUGUCAGCAGGUUCAGACCGUCGGAUCCUCUACAUGGUCUCUAAAGGUGCCAGUGAGUCCCUGCUCUCAGCUCUGGUCCACAUCGGUCUCAGUUUCAGUCCAGACUACAGAGUCCUGCUGCCACUGCUGCACCUGCUGGCCAAAGUGGGACACAGAGAUCCUCGUAUCGGUGCUAAGGCUCAGUCUGCUGGUGCAGUUCUUCUGACUCUCAAACUCCUCAGACACAACCUGGGUCAUUCCAGGAGGAUGGCGGCUUUUCUCUGGGUCCUGCAGGUCUACUGCUCCUCAG